AGUGAGCGCGGCUGCUGCCGGCGAGCUAGCGGCGCAGCGGCGGGAACCGGAGGCCGAGCGCCGCGGCGGCAGCGCUAGAAGCGCACCCAUCGGGCACGGCGAGGCGGCCCACGGUGCGGCAGGCACCGGGAGGCGAGAGCCGGCGCGGACAGUAGGCGGCGGCUGCAGCUCGUUGGCGGCUGCUGCGAGGAUGCUGCCUGGGCGGCUGUGCUGGGUGCCGCUCCUGCUGGCGCUGGGCGUGGGGAGCGGCAGCGGCGGUGGCGGGGACAGCCGGCAGCGCCGCCUCCUCGCGGCUAAAGUCAAUAAGCACAAGCCAUGGAUCGAGACUUCAUAUCAUGGAGUCAUAACUGAGAACAAUGACACAGUCAUUUUGGACCCACCACUGGUAGCCCUGGAUAAAGAUGCACCGGUUCCUUUUGCAGGGGAAAUCUGUGCGUUCAAGAUCCACGGCCAGGAGCUGCCCUUUGAGGCUGUGGUGCUCAACAAGACAUCAGGAGAGGGCCGGCUCCGUGCCAAGAGCCCCAUUGACUGUGAGUUGCAGAAGGAGUACACAUUCAUCAUCCAGGCCUAUGACUGUGGUGCUGGGCCCCACGAGACAGCCUGGAAAAAGUCACACAAGGCCGUGGUCCAUAUACAGGUGAAGGAUGUCAACGAGUUUGCUCCCACCUUCAAAGAGCCAGCCUACAAGGCUGUUGUGACGGAGGGCAAGAUCUAUGACAGCAUUCUGCAGGUGGAGGCCGUUGACGAGGACUGCUCCCCACAGUACAGCCAGAUCUGCAACUAUGAAAUCGUCACCACAGAUGUGCCUUUUGCCAUCGACAGAAAUGGCAACAUCAGGAACACUGAGAAGCUGAGCUAUGACAAACAACACCAGUAUGAGAUCCUGGUGACUGCCUACGACUGUGGACAGAAGCCCGCUGCUCAGGACACCCUGGUGCAGGUGGAUGUGAAGCCAGUUUGCAAGCCUGGCUGGCAAGACUGGACCAAGAGGAUUGAGUACCAGCCUGGCUCCGGGAGCAUGCCCCUGUUCCCCAGCAUCCACCUGGAGACGUGCGAUGGAGCCGUGUCUUCCCUCCAGAUCGUCGCAGAGCUGCAGACUAAUUACAUUGGGAAGGGUUGUGACCGGGAGACCUACUCUGAGAAAUCCCUUCAGAAGUUAUGUGGAGCCUCCUCUGGCAUCAUUGACCUCUUGCCAUCCCCUAGUGGUGCCACCAACUGGACUGCAGGACUGCUGGUGGACAGCAGUGAGAUGAUCUUCAAGUUCGACGGCAGGCAGGGCGCCAAAAUCCCCGAUGGGAUUGUGCCCAAGAACCUGACCGAUCAGUUCACCAUCACCAUGUGGAUGAAACACGGCCCCAGCCCUGGUAUGAGAGCCGAGAAGGAAACCAUCCUCUGCAACUCAGACAAAACCGAAAUGAACCGGCAUCACUAUGCCCUGUAUGUGCACAACUGCCGCCUCGUCUUUCUCUUGCGGAAGGACUUCGACCAGGCUGACACCUUUCGCCCCGCGGAGUUCCACUGGAAGCUGGAUCAGAUUUGUGACAAAGAGUGGCACUACUAUGUCAUCAAUGUGGAGUUUCCUGUGGUAACCUUAUACAUGGAUGGAGCAACAUAUGAACCAUACCUGGUGACCAACGACUGGCCCAUUCAUCCAUCUCACAUAGCCAUGCAACUCACAGUCGGCGCUUGUUGGCAAGGAGGAGAAGUCACCAAACCACGGUUUGCUCAGUUCUUUCAUGGAAGCCUGGCCAGUCUCACCAUCCGCCCUGGCAAAAUGGAAAGCCAGAAGGUGAUCUCCUGCCUGCAGGCCUGCAAGGAAGGGCUGGAUAUUAAUUCCUUGGAAAGCCUUGGCCAAGGAAUAAAGUAUCACUUCAACCCCUCGCAGUCCAUCCUGGUGAUGGAAGGUGACGACAUUGGGAACAUUAACCGUGCUCUCCAGAAAGUCUCCUACAUCAACUCCAGGCAGUUCCCAACGGCGGGUGUGCGGCGCCUCAAAGUCUCCUCCAAAGUCCAGUGCUUUGGGGAAGACGUAUGCAUCAGUAUCCCUGAGGUAGAUGCCUAUGUGAUGGUCCUCCAGGCCAUCGAGCCCCGGAUCACCCUCCGGGGCACAGACCACUUCUGGAGACCUGCUGCCCAGUUUGAAAGUGCCAGGGGAGUGACCCUCUUCCCUGAUAUCAAGAUUGUGAGCACCUUCGCCAAAACCAAAGCCCCCGGGGACGUGAAAACCACAGACCCCAAAUCAGAAGUCUUAGAGGAAAUGCUUCAUAACUUAGAUUUCUGUGACAUUUUGGUGAUCGGAGGGGACUUGGACCCAAGGCAGGAGUGCUUGGAGCUCAACCACAGUGAGCUCCACCAACGACACCUGGAUGCCACUAAUUCUACUGCAGGCUACUCCAUCUACGGUGUGGGCUCCAUGAGCCGCUAUGAGCAGGUGCUACAUCACAUCCGCUACCGCAACUGGUGUCCAGCUUCCCUUGAGGCCCGGCGUUUCCGGAUUAAGUGCUCAGAACUCAAUGGGCGCUACACUAGCAAUGAGUUCAACUUGGAGGUCAGCAUCCUUCAUGAAGACAGAGUCUCAGAUAAGGAGCAUGUCAAUCAUCUGAUUGUGCAGCCUCCCUUCCUCCAGUCUGUCCAUCAUCCUGAGUCCCGGAGUAGCAUCCAGCGCAGUUCAGUGGUCCCAAGCAUUGCCACAGUGGUCAUCAUCAUCUCCGUGUGCAUGCUCGUGUUUGUCGUGGCCAUGGGUGUGUACCGGGUCCGGAUCGCCCACCAGCACUUCAUCCAGGAGACUGAGGCUGCCAAGGAAUCUGAGAUGGACUGGGACGAUUCUGCGCUGACUAUCACAGUCAACCCCAUGGAGAAACAUGAAGGACCAGGGCAUGGGGAAGAUGAGACUGAGGGAGAAGAGGAGGAAGAAGCAGAGGAAGAAAUGAGCUCCAGCAGUGGCUCUGACGACAGCGAAGAGGAGGAGGAGGAGGAAGGGAUGGGCAGAGGCAGACAUGGGCAGAAUGGAGCCAGGCAAGCCCAGCUGGAGUGGGACGACUCCACCCUCCCCUACUAGUGCCCAGGGGUCUGCUGCCCGGCCCACAUGUCCCUUUUGUAAACCCUGACCCAGUGUAUGUCCAUGUCUAUCAUACCUCACCUCUGAUGUCUGUGACAUGUCUGGGAAGGCCUUCUCCAGCUUCCUGGAGCCCACCCUUUAAGCCUUGGGCACUCCCUGUGUCUCAUCCAUGGGGAAGUUCCAAGAAGCCCAGCAUGGCCAUCAGUGAGGACUUCAGGGUAGACUUUGUCCUGUAGCCCCCACUUCUGCCCUAAGCUCCCCAGCAUCCUGACUACCUGUGUGCAGAGUCUGCCUUUGUUUUUUCCUGCAGGGAAGAAGGCCCACCUUUGUGUCACUCACCUCCCCAGGCUCAGAGUCCCCAAGGCCCUGGGGUUCCAAUUCACUGUGUGUCUCCUCCACACAGACCAGCAGGUCCUCCUCUGCUGACUCCAGGUUGCUUCAUACAAGGAGGGUGGUUGAACUUCACACACCUAAGGUCUUAGUGCUUAACAGUUUAAAGGAAAGUCCUUGUUGAGGCAGAACUAAGUUUACAGGGAAAGGUACACACAUUCUCUCUCUCUCUCUCUCUCUCUCUCUCUCUCUCUCUGUCUAUCUAGUUCCCCAGCUUGGAGAGCCUUUCCCCUUGCUUCUUUCUGAGGCCAUAUAAGCUUAUAAGAAAAGUCCCAAACCAAGAAUAGGUCCUUGGCCGCAAGCAGGGUCUGAUCCCCCAUCAGAGCUAUCUGAGCCUGCCUAUCGGGGCACCUGCUGCAACCAUGCAGCUGCCCUGCCAGGGGCGCUCAGCACACAGAACCACAGGGCCCGGGAGGCAUUCCACACAGGCACUGCCCCAGGACAACACAACAAGGACAGUCACAACAAGGACACAACACAACACAAAACAAGGACAGUCACAACAAGCCUAGAGCCAGAAAGCAGAUGGAAAUGCUAAUGAGGUCAAACGUAGGCUUCAUGGUGGGUGGAGUGGGGGUGGCUGGGCUCCCCCAGGACAGAGGGGACCCUGAGGUUGGCAAGGCUCUCACCACUCAGCCUUAUGGUCCCUUAUCUCCUAUUUUCCCUCUUGAGAAAAUACACGCUUUCUGGAUGUAUUAGAAACGCACGAGCUCCACCAAGUCUACAAUGAAAGUUUGAAAUUUAACUGCAAGGAAUUAGAAGCAUAUUUGCAAUCAUUGCAGCUUCUUCUUUCUUCUGCUCAUAAAAGGAGGAACACUUUAGAUAGAGGGCAAAUAUAUCUGAAAACCUAAUUUCUUUCUUUUUUCGAUAAGGAAAUCUUUUCCAUCUCCAUCCUAACAUGCACAACCCGUGAAGAGAAUUGUUUCUAUAGUAACUGGUCUGUGAUCUUUUGUGGCCAAGAGAAUAGCAGGCAAGAAUUAGGGCCUUGACAGAAUUUCCACGAAGCUCUGAGAACAUGUUUGUUUCAGAUUCCUCUUUGUCAUCAAUGUGUAUGCUCUGUCCCCAUCCUUCACUCCUCCCCAAGCUCACACCAAUUGGUUUGGCACAGGCACAGAGCUGGUCCCUAGUUAAGUGGCAUUUAUGUUAAAAAAAAAAAAAAUAGUUCAGAAUCUCAGCCUUUUCUUUGUGUCAUCAAAACAGCUUAAGAAGGGGACUACUGCCAAUGUCCUCUAGUCUGACCUCCACCCAGGGAGGACCCAUGGCAGGUCUUUUCAACUUUCUGAUUCAUGAGAACAACCUUGUGAAGCUUUUCCCACCUCCUAAAGUGUUUUCUGCAUCUGUUCCUUCCUUUGGACCUCACAACAAAUCCUGUGAAGUAACUGAGACAUCCGUUGUUAGAUACAUUUUUGUGAUGAGUAAACUGAGGCUUGGUGAUUCAAUGUCUUGUUCAGAGUCAUUCAAAAGUAUAGACAAGACCAGACUCCCAACUUCCACUCCUGGUCCAGGAUUCUACUUAUGUUCAUAGGUAUGCACCUAACAGACACUGCUGCAAACCUACUAUGUGCUAAGCAUUCUACCAACAGCUGUGAGAAAAAGAAAAGCUGAAUAAGAUAAGCUCCUCCCCUACAUUAUAUUUGCAGAGGGGAAAUAAACAGGCCUAGAAAUUACACAAGAGACAAAUGAAGAGGAAGAGAAGUCACAAGAGAAGAAGGAUGCGGUCACAAACUUAACCAGUGUUCUUAUUUUUCCCUUCUCAGGGAAAAACACCAGAAGAAGCUAGGGUUUUAUAUUCAUUGGAUGGAAACAGAUAUUUCUCCUGGGAAUUCUCCCAACCAAAUAGCCCUUUUCUAUUAGGCUGUGUCUGUACAUCCACAAGAGGAAAGUCUAUAGGACUGAUUAGUUUUCACAAUCCCAUUUAAAUAAAAAAAAGAUCUUUAGUUGGGCAUUUAGGAGCAACUGAAAUCUCCCAAAAUUGUGGCAGCAAAAAGAACACUUCAUAUGCUUAAAACCCAUUCUUUUUAAAUUAGAUUUUGAUUUUAAAUAUUUAAGUCUGGUGUUUGUGAGAACACUUUUCUCUUUGCUCAGUCUUUUCGAUCUGGUUGGGUAGGGAAGGUGUUCCUCAUGCUCUCUGGGUGGCUGCCUUAUUCAUAGUUGAGAGAGCUGUUAGGUAAAAUCUUUAUAUGUGUUGGGGUUUUUUUGGUAGCGGGGGUAGCAGGUAAAGGUAGCCCAUGGCUAGGGCAGCAAAGAUGAAUAAUUUGAGGAAGCAUUUGGUUGGUGGACUCAUUUGCAGAGAAACAGUGGUGACAACAAAUCAGAGCUGUUUCCCUCAACUCUGGCUAUGAGAGGUCAUUCUCUGCAUGUCAGCUGCAAAGAUCAGACACUUGAAUGAAUCCACUGGGUUGGCAGGCAUUGGUCAUCUUCGCAACACCCUCUUCCUCACCAUGGAUGAGAACAAGACGGGAGUGGUUAUAUCCCAGUAACAGAAGCUUUGGGAGGUAUCCAGGUGAGCAGGGUAAUGUGGCUUGCCCUCCCCCAGAUAUUCUGAUCCCAAGAAAAAGGUGUCAUUAAUCAGUCUGGCGUUUUCCACCCUCCAUAUGCUGGCAUCCAGGAACCAAAACCCCUGAAGGCCGAGACACCCUGUGACCUCUCACUGAGAUGUCGGCAGCCAGGCAGAUGCAGGCUCAUGUCCAGGAGGAACUGCUGACUGGUUUGGCCACAGCCCAGUUCAUUGCUUGUCUUGCCAAGUGGACAACCAGAUUCUGCCUUCCUGAGCUUGAAAAUAGGCUACAACUCUCAGGUGAUUCAGAUGACAUGGAGGAGAAGUUGGAAGAGAAGAUUGGAAUUCUUAAAUCCCAGUGCAGAAUGAGUUGCUUCAGUGGAGUAAAGCAACCGGCUAGUUGGUAGCCUGCCUUAAAAAAUACUAAACAUGUAUCAUCAUACAUUUGAUCAAAUGCUGUAAGCAUAGCCAAGGCCCAAAUUCAUCUAGAUACCAAAAAUGUGAUUUCAGUGAAAUCUCUUUUCAUUACCACUUUCUUUUGUUGUUGUUUGUUUGUUUUUUGAGCCAGAGUCUUGCUGCUCUGUCACCCAGGCUGGAGUGCAGUGGCACAAUCUCAGCUCACUGCAACCUCCACCUCCUGAGUUCAAGAGAGUCUCCUGCCUCAGACUCCCGAGUAGCUGGGAUUAUAGGCAUCCACCACCAUGCCCGGCUAAUUUUUGUAUUUUUAGUAGAGACAGGGCUUCACCAUGUUGGCCAGGCUGGUCUCAAACUCCUGAUCUCAGGUGAUCUGCCCACCUUGGCCUCCAAGGUAAUGAGAUUAUAGGAGUGAGCCACCGCACCCAGCCCUCAUUACCACUUUCUUGAAUUUACUCAAUCAUCCUAUCAAACAGGGUUUAGACCAACAUCUUUGCAUUUAAUAAGGGCUCUACUUUGUAUACAUGGACCAUCCAGUGAGAGAGCUGGGGGUGGUGGGAAGCAAUGUCCCCCAUUCCUAUAUGUCAGGUGUCAGCAAACUAUCUGUAAAGAGGCAAAUAGUAAAUAAUUUGGGCUUUGUGAGCCAUUUGGUACCUGUCACAGAAUAGUCAGCCCUCCAUAUCUGAGGUUUCCAAAUCCAUGGAUUCAACCAACCUUGAAUCAAAAAUAUUUGGGAAAAAAUGUAUAGUUGCAACUGACCUGAACAUAUUCUUUUUUUCAUUAUUAUUCCUUGAACAAUACAGUUUAACAGCAUUUACAUAGCAUUUACACUGUAUUAGGUAUUAUAAGUAACCUAGAGAUGAUUUGAAGAACACAGGAAGUUGUGCAUAGGCUAUAUGCAAAUACUAUGCAUUUUAUAUAAAGGAAUUGAACAUCUGUGGAUUUUGGUGUCCGAGGGGAGUUCUGGAACCAAACCCCUACAGAUACUGAGGGAUGACUGUACUCAGCUCUGCUAUUGUAGCAUGAAAACAGACAAUACGUACAACAAAUGAAUGUUUCAAUACAACUUUAUCUAGUUUCCAUAAAACAAUUUAAAAACACUAAAAAAGCAGGCAGUUUGGAUUUAUGUAAUUUUCAUAUCUUUUUUUACCCUUUUGAUUUACAUUUUUAAUAAUUUAAAAAUAUAAAAACCUUCCUCAGCCCACAGGCCAUUCGAAAAUUAGCAGCCAGCUAGAUUUGGCCCAAGGCCAAAGUUUGGCAACCCGUACCAUACACCAUGGAAGUUAGCCUUCCACUUCAGGAGAAAGCAAGCUGCUCUCUUAAGCCUCUCACCAACUACCCAGUAGUCUUUGCCUCCAAACUGAACAACAGGAAAAAGUGCCAUAGUUUUUAAUUAAGCUGUUUUAAAAGUCCAUGUUCCGGGGGAAAACAAAAAAGAAACAAACAAAACACUUGUUAUUUGCUGAACUGACAAACUGACAGAUAUUCCACGAGAGUUGAAAGCCUUGGAUCGAGGUGAUUGCCUGGUUACUGAGUGCUAACUCCACUGAGGCAAGUGUUAGCCCCCCAAGGCUCAGUGCCUUCCCGGCACAGCUCAGCCCAUAAUGAUCUCUGAGCAGGAGUGUUCAUUAUCUCAGACUGAUUUUCAUUUCAGCCCUACUCUUGCCAUUGCUCUAAAAAUGAUCCUAAAGACUUGUGACUGUUUGAAUCAAUAGCAACAUCAUCAGUAGAAAGCCCGACCAAGCACACUUCAAAAUUAGCAAUCUUCUUGGCUCUAUGGCUCAAUAUCAGCAAGAAGAAAAAAAGACAACUUUUUUUUUAAUCAUCCCCACAUUUAAAUUAACCAAAUAGUUUUUACAAAAAAGUAGGGAAGUGGGUUUAAUUCUUUGAAAGUAUUUGCCAGUGAAAAGUAGAUGAUUUUUAGGUAAGAUAACGUUUAGGCCUCUGGGGGAUCCCCAAAGCCUUCUGCAAUGUACUCUGGCAGGCUAUGAAUGGUACAGGAUUCUGCAUCUAUAUGAGACAUUUAUUGAGGCUGACAAGCAAAAGCCCUUGGCACAAUUUAAUUUUCACAUAACCACUUUCCAUUGUCCAGCUGCAGGCAAAAGAAAUGAGCAAUGAAAGUUUUGAAGUCUACCCCAGUACCCUCAUUUCCUGUCUUUAUUUCCUUUACUUUAUAGAUGUAUUCUAUACCUGCUAUGUAGAUAAUGCUCUAGUUUUCCCUUUAGUGCCAACUGGAAAAGGAGAGUUGGCUUUACAGGGGCUGUGGAUUAAGAGCCAGGCUUCAUUCCAUCCCAAGGAGACAAAAAGAGACAGAAGAAGUUACCUCCAGCAGCACCCCAGAAAGCUGACAGACAUUCCCUGUAUGCAGGUAGUAAACAGAUGGGAGUCUGUGUUUGCAGCUAUGUUCAGUGUAAUUCAGCAGACCUUCACUGGGCACUUGUGAUGGGUCAGGCCCUGUGCCAGCAACAGGGGGAAGGGAGGAUGAACAAGGCAUGUUUCCCUGACCAUGAGGAGCUCUUGGCCUGUGAGCUGUUGGGAUGUCCCUUUGUGGUGUUGGAGGCUGUGCACGAGCAGUCAGGACUUUGGGGACAGAAGUUUAGUGUUAGGGAGGCAGGGUAACUUGCUUUGACAGCUACCCACCCUAAGUCAGAUGACAGGUGUAAUUCUAGGGGCCCUGAUAUGCAUCACUGAGGCAGACUGAGGAGCUCUCCAGGGAAGUAGGCAAUAUUUCCCUGAAUAUUCCUCAAUUCCAAUCAAGGCUGACUCAGUUCACUUAUGGAUGAAAGCCAGUUACCCUGCCCACUGGGCAGAAAUAACAUGGUUGACAGCUGACAUUCAGAGAAAGUAAGACAGAAGCAGUCCUUAAAUAUAAACAGCAGCCAGGUGGACCUGGAAAUUUAGGAAGGGUGAUGCAAGUAGAGGGGCCAGCAGGAGCCAAGUCUCAAAAGGCACAAGCCAGACUGAUGCAAGGGAGCCCUCCUGAGGCCCAACAUCAGAGCUGAAGAUCUAAGGAGGGCCCACCUCCGCGAGACCUGCUGAGGGCUUACACUCGGUGCUGAGGAGCAGUGGUUCCCUGGGCCAGCUGCAUCACCUGGGAACAUGUGAGAAGUGCAUAUUCUUGGGCCCCACCCCAGACCUACUGAAUGAGAAGCUCUGGAGGCAGGCAGUCUGUGAUUUAAUGAGCUUUCUGACACACACUAAAGUUUGAGAACCACUGAUGAAGAGGAUGAGGAGAUGACUUGAGCUGGCAUUGGGAAGAACUGACUAUUAACUAACAAGGUAAAAUCAAUGACUAGUGCAGCGAGGGUGCCAAAGCAAACCACCCCCAGCCCCCAUCCUGGGCCUUUUCGGCUCCAGUUUAUACUCACUGAAGCAGUGGUUUCAAGGAACCUUGGUCCUAGUCCCCAUCCUUCACCUGCCCUUGGGCAUGAGACAAUUCCUGCCUGCCUGCCCCUUCUAUCCUAGAGAGAGAGACUGCCCAGGAGAGGCUGCCAUGAGGUCACUCAUCCCCAGGAAGGCCACCUGCCAGGUUUCUGUAAGCUGAGCAGCCUCUUCGAGGGCCAUAUUUUGUGGAGAAACACUGAAACUGCAGCAGUGACCCGGGUCACUAGGAGAGCUGCUUUCUACACAGCCUGUAUGCUGGUGGAAACACCCAGGGCCUGGCAGAGUGUGGAGGGGGUCAUUUAAGGACGUUGCCAGGUUGCCGCAGCACUGCUCUGUUUGUUUGUAAUGAGACUGGGGCAUGCAGCAUCACAAUUCAAACACUGAAUUGCUUGGGGAAUGGAUGGCCUUCCUUGGAAGGGCAGUAACUCAUUCUGGAUGUUACUAAAAGUAGAAAACAAAAAUCCAAAAACAAACCUACAGCCUCAUUUACAAUUAGAAUCUGUCUGGGCCUUCUGAUUUCUAAAGUCUGUGAGGCUGCCAGGAUGCACCAAUUCUCCUUUCCCCUGAGGCCCAGCAACUAUUGAUUUAUAGCUUAAACUCUGUGAAGGUCCACAGACCUUUGAAAGGAACUUGCUGGUACUUUGUCAGUCGUGUACACCUAACUGACUCCUAUGAGGUACAGUCUCCUCAUAUGAGGGGUUUUGAGAUGGAGAGUCAGAGGGCCAGGGCCCUGGGCUUUGGGGUGGAAGGACAGAAGAGUAAGUCUAGGAAAGGGACUAGACAUGUAGCCUAGGAAAACUAGCACCAUCUGUUGAGUUCUGAAGAACCCAGAUUCUCUCCUGCUCACAGCCUCAGCAGUCUUUUCAGAGUCCUCCUGAAUGGCCCAAAGACACCCCUGUUUCUGGGGAACAGAAAGGAGCUGGUACCUCUGGACCAUUGAGGCAACACCUCCCCAGAGGCAGGACCCCGGCCCCAUGAGAACAUGCAGUUGAAUGAUGUGGUGCCUGGCCAGGACCUUGGAAAACGUGGCCGUGUGAGACUAGUAUAGAUGUCCAACUAUUGCUGCCUCUGCUGAUAUGGCCACCUCCUCAAGGUAAGAAGACUACCGACUUAGCUAUUGUGGCACCACGGGGGCCUAGCACUGCACCUGGCCCAUGACAUGUGUGCCACAAAUGUUGAAUUGAAUUGAAUCCCAGAGAUCACUUGACCUCAGUGAAGGGACUGGGUUUGAAGAAUUAAGACCCCCCAGUGGAGAAAGCCUCCUCCAUCUUCCUUCUCGGUUUGUGAGUCAAGGUCCUUUGUAAAAUCAGAUCGACGAGGGUGGAAGUGCAGUGAACAGAGGACAACAUUUGUGAUGCACAUGGGAGAAAACAGGAGUGGGGUUGUUUGGGGACUACCCCUUCCUAGCUAUAGUCAGUAAAUGGAGCCCCUAAGCAAGGAGCAGGGGUAGAUGUGCCCGGGUGAGGCCUGCUUGCUCCACCGUCGAGGUCAUGGGCAGCAUCCCAACUGAGGAGAGAAAACCCUAAUUUGUUAAUGACCCAGCCUUGUGCUGCUCUCCAGUUCCUUUUAUCAGAUUUACUGCAGAGCAGAUUCAUCAACAUGAAGCUCAAUUCCCAGUAGACUAAUGAAAAGAGGGCAACAGACUUGAGAAGAGCCAAAAUGCAGACAGUGAGUAUUAAUCACAGACAACAGAAACGUGUUAGCUUUCAUGUCUGUUUGCUUUUAUCUUGAAAGGAAAAUGCAUCUUUGUUACCUGGACCCUUUUUACUGCACAUUUCAGAACAUAAAUGGGACACCCACACACGUAUUGAGGGUCCUUUUCCCCGGCAGGAGGAGCUACCAGAGAAAUGAGCCCACAUUUUGUGUGCAGAGAGAAUCAACCCACAGGUCUCAGCUGCAGACUCCAGCGCCUCUGCAGAGAAGGCAGGCAAAGGGAUGAGGAGGUAGCAUCUCCCCUUCAGAAGGAUUCAUAAGGGCCUCUGUGAGGAGGGCCUUGCUUGUGCCUGUGGGUCAUGGAUGUUAAUAUAAAGGCUCAUCCACCCUUGGUGGCAAAAGUGCAUCCAUCCUGGCCAAUAUAGAACACCCACAUCUGGAGCCCACGCCCACCCACCUCCAGCUCCUCUACAUGGCUGCAAGAGCAUGGCUGAUGUGUGGGAUUCAGAAGAGGUCUGCUCAUGUUCACUAGCCAAACUUUAGGUGGUGUGAUACAGCAAAAAGCUUUAUUUGUUUUUCUGUUUUUGUUUUGUUUUUGGCGUGGAGGAGAAAUUUAGACUUGAAAGUCAGGGCUGAUCACUCAAAAAGUAAGAUAGGAGAUAUUGAGGGAAAAUGUGACUCAUAGUUGGAGAGGAAACAGGAGAGUGGGUACAAGUGACAGCACCAGGAACAACCCCCUCCCCCAGAUGCCAAAGCAUUGCUCUGUAUCUAAAGACGCGUCCAAGUUUGCAAAAAAUUAUGGGUAAAUCUGGCCAUGUGACCAAAGAGGCAGGCAAAUCAAUUGCUUCCAAAGUCAGAGCUGUUUGAAGGUGAUCAGCUCUUAAUUGAACUAGUCAUGAUGAAUCAAUCCAACUGACUGCAUCCAGUCUGACCUCGGUGGUUUCCAUAAAGGGUUGUCGAUGUCCUGAGCUGGACAGGGUGGGCAGGAGGUUGAAGAAAACCAGUUGGUGAGUACAGAAAAGAAAUUGCAUGUAGAAGUUGUUUGUUCUCAAAGAAAUCUGUAGGUGUUAGAGCUGGGUUUGUUAUGUUAUUGUCAGGGACAUUAUAAUAUUGGUAAGGAAGAGAGAAUGAUUUGGUACGGGUAUUUGGGAAAUUUGAGUACAAAAUAUAAAUUUCCAGAGAAGAGUAGGCUAUGGACAGCUGAUUAUAUAUGUGUGUGUGUGUGUAUAUGUGUGCAUGUAUGUGUACAUAUACACAUACCCCAAAGCCAUAUACAUAUCUAUAAUACAGAAGUAAGAAUAAAGUCAAAAGUACCAGCAUAUUUUAAAUCCUUAGAAGCACUGGUUGGGAUGUUACAUGUUUUUUCACUGUUGUUGUUUACCGUUAGCUCUCAAAGCAGUGGGAAUAGUGCUUGGCACAUAGUAGGAGUUUGGUAAACAUUUGGAAAUUGAAGACCCAGCUUAUCACUACUUCAUAGAGACUCAGUAGUAUGAGUAUACCCCAAAUUGAAUGAGCCACAGAGAAAUGCAUCCAGCCACACUCCCUCUUAGCUGAGGAGAAGCCUCUGUGAAUCCACAGAUUCCAUGCAAUAUUCAGCCAGCCGCAGACACAAGGUCUGGCUCCCUUGUCGUGAGAGUGAAGGCAUGCUGCACACAGUGGGUUUGCAUGCACCUAGACUGCAUCUGCUGAACACCCAACAGCUGUUUCUAUAAGCUAAAGUUGUAGCUUCUCUCUACCACUGUCUAAAGCUGUAGCUUGUCUCUACUAUUGUCUCUACACCGUUGCCCAAACACUUGGUAUAAUGCUAUUGAAUUUUUCACCUCCAGGCAUGAUUUUGUAACCAGUGUAAAGGUUCUGGGUUCAGCCAGUCUAAAAAGUCUAAUAAUUUCUUCUCUCAGUCCUUCCCUUCUCCCUUGUCUGGAGCUGCCACCGCCAUUUAAAAGUGUUGGACGCUGUUUAUUCCCAGCUUCUCAACCUCAGUGUGUGUGGGAAAGGCCUGAAAGAGAGAGGUAUGUUUUCUCUCCUCCGGAGUCUCUGUGGUGUUGACACAGCAGAGAGAGGAGGGGGAGCAGCCUCGUCUUGCAGAAUCACCUUCAAUCACUGCUACUGUCUGGGCCAUUACUGCCAGUCUGGCCGGUGUCUCCCACAGUGGAUGGCUUUGCCUCCAGCGGUGGACCAGUGUGUACCUGACAUGUAUCAGACUUCUGAGCUCUUCAAGCUGCCUCAAAGAAUGAAUCUUUUUAGUCUAGAAAAUGUGUUUAUUUGAUAAAUAUACUAUUGUGUAUGAGUGUGAAACAAUGCAGACUUUGGAGUAUCUCAUUAGAAGGACUGUAUGAAUUUAUAGAAAAUUGAAUCUAAUUUCAGAAGAGCGCACUGUCUUCUCAGUCAACAAGGUUGCCCAGCCACAGAGGGUCAGAGAAAAUGUCCUUUCCCCUCCCCACUCCUUUUCAUAGAAUCCUCUCUCAGGCCUAACUGAGCUGUCAUAUCCAAUUCAGACUGACACAGAGUGAGGGGCGCUGAGAGUCUCUAUGUAUAUAAAGAUAUAGGAAGAAAAUAAGGAUCGUCACAGGAAUCUGUUGGGCUUCUCCCCAUGACUGUGAUCUUACCCAUGUUUGAAUCACAAACUUUAAAUUUAUAAUAAUUAUGAUUCUUGCAGUUUUCAAGUAAUUUGUUAAAUGCCUAUUCAACACAGACAGAUUUUUAUUUUCAGCUGUGGCUUGUAAAUGCCUACAAACUGAUUCAUGUUGGUGGUCGUUAUGACACUUUCUGUGAAUUGGUGAAUAAAUAUGAUUUUAGAAUUUCACAGUAAA